GAUUUUUCCUAGAUACAUCGAAAUAUGUAUGUUAAUCCAAUCAUAACAUUGGUUGGUUGUUUAGGCCUCUGGUGGAAGUGUUAACAUUGUGCGUCUCUCCUUUCUGUUAUAGAAGAUUUCUUUCUCUGUGCGUUUUCGGAUUUUCCAAUGAAAGAUUUCAUUUAGAGUAGCCCGCUAUCUUAGAGUUGCAGAAGUUUGAAGUUGGGAAUGUUUGAGAUUGACUUGAAAUUAAGUCAAACUCAAGUCAAUUUUUCUGAAAAAUAAGUGAAAUCUAACUGGAAAAUGGUUACAAGUUUGAAAAUUUAAACUGUUUGUCAAACCAGUUUGAAAGAGUUUGAGAAAUAAUUUAUUUGGUAGAUAUGCCUUGAAUGUGUAAAAUAUUUAUGAUAAAUAUAGUAAGUAGGUAAAAAAGUACCUACAUCAAUUAAAAAAAAUACAUUAUUUUAAACUUUUUUCAAUCAACUCCAUCUUGUCACCUCAAAAUUCAUCGUGAAAGGUAAAGUGAAAAGUAGGUGAAUGCUGUGAUCUCCCUUUCGUGUUCUUUCUUGAUGAGAUGAUCACAAUUGGCGAACGAGAUCAUGUGAUUUAACACCUUUAGACUUUUUCUUCCAGGGUUCGUGCAAGUUAAGGACUGUGCCAAUGCUUCACAAUUGAUUUAAAAGCUUAAAGAUGGAAUUUGUGAAGUUAUCGAAGACCAUCAACCGCAAAUGUGCGAAUUGGCCAUGGAAGAUUUCAUGAGAAAGAUAUCGUUUUCCAUCUUUAAUGGCAGUCAUAAUAAACAUCCAUUGAUUUCUCCCGAAAUAUACUCGUUUGUUUUAAUAUCAAGAUUAAAUUUCUUCUUUAAAACCCAUUUACUCAUUAUUAGAUCAUUGAAAAAAAAAACUUUCAGCUUUGGGUAUUUCAAAUCAGAAUUGAUCCUGGUGACUUCAAUAUAAACCACCUACAACACCUAUUUGUCCACUGUCAACCACAGAGUCCAAUUGAAAAUAAUAUCCACUUAUUGUCCAAUUUCAAAUUAGCUACAGUAAAUCUUAUUAACGAAAUAAUUGAUGUAAUCUAGAAAAUAAUAGACAUAAAUUAGGUCAUCUCAUUGGAUUUAUAGGUCAGUUCAGACGAAUCGUUUUCUAACUCUAGAUGGCAGAUAACAAAAUGGUGGCAAUAAUAUUAUUCACUUUGAUUUCCCUUGUUGCAGGAGAUAAACAUGUAUGUAUGAUAAAUGCCUGUGAUAGUUUGAAGGAAGGGAAAUUAUUUGCCGAAGAAUUUGGGCUCGAACUGAUGCAAAAUAUGACCAGCAAUCUGCUCAACAAUUUGGAAAGGCGAAUAAGAUCUCUGGAGCAACCAGUGUGGAUAAUCUCAAAAGAGAACAACAGGUGGUUAGAGUGCUCAAAAGGUCCUUGCACAUGCUUGCCAGAAACAAAGUCCAUAAGCUGCUGGCAACAGAAUAUAGCUUCUUUACCCUCCGAACAGGUGAUUCCUCACGAUGUCUCAGUUAUUUUACUUCUAGAGACCUAGGCAUGAAUAAACUUACAACAAUCAAUAAAGACGCAUUCAAACAUCUCCUGUUCUUGACGGAAUUGGACCUUUUUGAUAAUCAGUUGGACUACUUACCAGAAUCGGUAUUCGAUGACCUUGAAGAUUUGAAGUAUCUCCGAUUACACAAGAACUUCCUCUUGGAUUUUCACAAGAACAUAUUCUGGGGGUUGAGAAAUGUAAAAACUCUAGACAUUUCCUUCAAUAGACUGAGGAACAUACCAGAAGAUAUAUUCACGGUUAGUCAAGAUGUGAUUAUGCUACACUUAUCUGGAAAUACACUACAAACCCUUCCAGAACUGUUGUUCAAUAACUUAAAGUACCUGGAGGACCUAGAUAUAAGUAAUAAUGACUUACGAUACCUUCCAAUAGGUGUAUUUCGAGAUCUCAAUUCUUUGAAGAGGUUAAAUUUAGCUGAAAACCAGUUGAAUGCUUUUAAUGAAGGUAUUUUCGAUACUUUAGCCAACUUGGAAUAUCUGAAUUUGAGGAAGAAUAGAAUUUCUCAUAUUUCUAGAAGAUUACUGGGGAAUAUGCAUAAUCUUAAGAUCCUCCAACUCGCUUCGAAUAAAAUCGACAAGCUCGACUUAGAUACGUUUCAAGAUCUCACAGAACUUACAGAAUUAAACCUGGGACAGAAUUACAUACUCGAUCUGCCGGAAGGACUUUUCAUCCAAAAUGGAAAAAUUGAGAAAUUGAUUCUCUACUCAAAUUCUCUAGUUGAUUUGAAAGAGAAGUCUUUGAUGGGAUUGGACAAUCUUUCAGCCUUAUUAAUGAACAACAAUUUGCUGGAAAACAUUCACCCUGAUGUUUUUUUGUACGCACCGAAUGUUCAGAAGUUGCAUUUAGACAGCAAUAAAUUCCGAUUUUUGCAACCUAACACUUUGGAUCCUCUAAAAAAUAUAACGUCAAUCAAAAUGACAAAAAAUCAGUGGCAUUGCGAUUGCAAUAUUCUGUACCUUGCACUAUGGGUUUCUGACAAUAACAACAAACUAUGGGAUUCUCAGCCAAGCUGUAGAGGGCCAGGUGAUCUAGGUGGUAAACUCUUAAAGAACAUGAGAUUCCAACAUCUUUGCGAAGGACAGUGGGCCAGCAUGAUCAAUCUGGCACCUAGAAUUCCAAUAAAACAUAAUUCUGUGAAAGAAGGAGACAAGUCGAGGGAUAGUACUUUCCACAAAGACCAAAACUAACAUUUUGUAUCUUCGAAUAUUUUCUCAGAAGAAGCUGGAACACAAUCAAUACUUACCCUAAUUAACAACUUGCUUUGUCUGUUUCUUGCUAUUGAAUUUUGAAUUAUA